GCUCAUAUAAGACUAGCCAAAGGAAUAUAAAACCUGAGCUUAUUCUUACAAAUAAUUCUUUGGAUAAAGUUGUAUCAAAUGCUAAAAAUAAUAUCAGAUUAUCUAAUUCUCUUACAAUAUUAAAAGGAAGAGUAUCAGAUAGUAGUAUAGAUAUUUUAGAUAAAUUUAAAACACAAGAUCUUCUUCAAUUUUAUAAUUUAAGAAAUAUUAUUAAUUAG